AUUCCUCAAAAGAUCAGCUGACCAAAAUAGGUAGAUUGACAGCUGUUUCCGAACAAUAGGAAUAAAAUCCCACAGGGAGAUCAAUGUGAACAGAAACAGUGCAUCAGAAGAGAAGAGGUUUUCCAUAUUAGCAACCGGCCUUGCCAAUGGAUGCCGAAGGGUUUGGUGAGCUCCUGCAGCAGGCAGAGCAGCUGGCAGCAGAGACCGAAGGCAUUGCCGAACUUCCUCAUGUCGAACGGAAUCUCCAAGAGAUACAGCAGGCUGGAGAGCGCCUACGCUCUCGGACUCUCACCCGCACCUCACAGGAGACAGCAGAUGUCAAAGCCUCGGUUCUUCUUGGGUCCCGAGGGCUUGACAUUUCCCACAUAUCUCAGCGGUUGGAAAGCCUGAGUGCAGUGACCACAUUUGAGCCUCUAGAGCCCGUGAAAGACACAGAUAUACAGGGGUUCCUGAAAAAUGAAAAAGACAAUGCUUUGCUAUCUGCCAUUGAGGAGUCAAGGAAACGGACAUUUGCAAUGGCCGAGGAGUACCAUCGAGAAUCCAUGCUGGUUGAGUGGGAACAGGUGAAGCAGAGGAUCCUUCAUACGCUCUUGGCUUCGGGAGAAGAUGCCUUGGACUUCACUCAGGAAAAUGAGCCCAGUUACAUCAGUGAGUUGCCACCACCAGGUCGCAGUUCUUUGGACAACAUUGAGAUGGCUUAUGCUCGGCAAAUUUAUGUUUACAACGAGAAGAUUGUGAAUGGACACUUGCAGCCAAAUUUGGUGGAUCUCUGUUCUACCAUCGCUGAACUGGAUGAUAAGAACAUUUCAGACUUGUGGGCGAUGGUGAAGCAGAUGACCGACGUUUUGCUGGUUCCCGCGAGCGAUGCGUUGAAAGUCCGCACUAGUAUGGAAGUGCAGAUGGAAUUUGUAAGGCAGGCCUUACAGUACCUCGAGCAAAGUUACAAGAACUAUACAUUGGUGACGGUCUUUGGAAACUUGCACCAAGCGCAGCUGGGCGGUGUGCCGGGAACCUACCAACUAGUCCGCAGUUUUCUGAACAUCAAGCUCCCUGUGUCUGUCCCGGGACUCCAGGACGGGGAAGUAGAAGGUCACCCUGUUUGGGCACUCAUUUACUACUGCAUGAGAUGUGGGGAUUUAAUGGCAGCCUUGCAAGUGGUGAAUCGAGCACAGCACCAACUGGGAGAUUUCAAGAGCUGGUUCCAGGAAUACAUACACAGCAAAGACAAAAGAUUGUCUCCUGCCACCGAGAACAAAGUUCGCCUUCAUUACAGACGAGCCCUGAGGAACAACACCGACCCGUACAAAAGAGCCGUUUACUGUAUCCUAGGUCGUUGCGAUAUCACUGAUAACCACAGCGAAGUGGUGGAUAAGACGGAAGACUAUCUUUGGUUAAAGUUGAAUCAGGUCUCCUUUGAUGAUGAUGGCUCCAGUGCACCACAGGACAGACUGACUUUGUCCCAGUUCCAGAAACAACUGCUUGAAGACUAUGGCGAAUCGCAUUUUGCCGUGAAUCAGCAGCCCUUCCUUUACUUCCAAGUAUUGUUCCUGACAGCCCAGUUCGAAGCCGCCACCGCUUUCCUCUUUCGCACGGAACGCUUGCGUUGCCAUGCUGUCCACGUGGCGUUGGUCCUUUUCGAACUCAAGCUGCUCUUGAAAUCUUCUGGGCAGAGCGCACAGCUGUUGAGCCACGAGGCUGGUGACCCCCCGGCCAUUCGACGUCUGAAUUUUGUUCGUCUGCUGAUGCUUUACACACGCAAGUUUGAGUCCACCGACCCCCGGGAAGCCCUGCAGUAUUUUUAUUUCCUCAGGAAUGAGAAGGACAGUCAAGGGGAGAACAUGUUCCUGCGCUGUGUGAGUGAGCUGGUGAUUGAAAGCAGAGAGUUUGAUAUGAUUCUUGGAAAACUGGAGAAUGAUGGCAGCCGAAAACCUGGAGUGAUUGACAAAUUCACUAAAGACACCAAACCCAUUAUCAAUAAAGUGGCUUCCGUAGCAGAAAGUAAAGGACUGUUUGAAGAAGCUGCCAAACUUUAUGACCUUGCCAAGAACCCCGACAAAGUGCUUGACCUGAUGAACAAAUUGCUGAGUCCCGUGGUCGCUCAGAUCAGCGCUCCCCAGUCCAACAAGGAGAGGUUGAAGAACAUGGCACAUUCCAUCGCCGAGAGAUAUAAAGCACAGGGGAUAAGUACGAAGAAGGCCAUCGACUCUACCUUCUAUCUUCUGUUAGACCUCAUCACGUUUUUUGAUGAAUACCAUGCCGGUCACAUUGACAAGGCAUUUGAUAUCAUUGAACAGCUCAAAUUGGUCCCUCUGAGCCAGGAAUACGUGGAAGAAAGAGUAGCAGCCUUUCGGAAUUUCAGCGAUGAAAUCAGGCAGAAUUUGUCCGAGGUGCUCCUUGCCACGAUGAAUAUCUUGUUUAACCAGUACAAAAGGUUGAAGGGCACCGGACCGGCCACCCCCGCUAGGCCUUCACGCGUCAUCGAAGACCGAGACUCGCAACUGCGUUCUCAAGCUCGGGCACUCAUCACCUUCGCUGGGAUGAUACCUUACAGAACCUCGGGAGACACCAACGCUCGGCUGGUGCAGAUGGAGGUCCUCAUGAAUUAGACAUUUGAGAAGACCUGCUGCUUGUUGUUCACACCCUUAGGGGAUGGGUCCAGUUUUUACUUUUCUUUUCUUUUCUUUUGUAUUAUGUAUUUUUUGUCAACCACAAUAAAUUCCUUUGUGUUUCUA